GCAUAUAUUAAAACAAAGAAUCCUCCAAAUAAACUAACCUUUAGGCCAAGACUUCUUCAAAGCCAACCAACUUGAGCUUCAAGAAUAUUUCAAACCACCAUGAAGAAGAAAAUCCACCCCUCUACGCCACCCAUCUCCGAUCACUUAUCUCUGCUUCCCGCCACCAUACUCACUCUCACGGUGGCGCUUUCGCCAGAAGAUCGACAAGUCCUGGCCUACUUAAUCUCAUGCUCAGCUAAUUCCAACAGUUUUUCUAGCCAACAGAAUAAAACUAAGGCUAAGGUUAUUGAUCAUGCACCGCAGUUUGAGUGCAGCUGCUUUCGGUGCUAUAUGAGCUAUUGGGUACGUUGGAAUAAUUCUCCCAACCGCGAGAUUAUUCAUGACAUCAUCGAUGCUUAUGAAGAUGGUCUUAUGAAGAAGAAAGGUGGUGGUGGUAACAGGGGUGGUAGUAAUGGUUUGAAGAGCAAGAAAGGGAAGAGGAGGGGGAAUUACAGUUCUAGCCCUGGCGAGAGCGAGGAGAAGGGCAAGUUGAAGGAAGCAAAGCAGGCAGAAUUGUCUUUUCAAGGUGAAGAAGUGGGGGGUUUGGAGAAGGAAUCAUCUGUCAAGAAGAUUGUAAGUUUUCUUGGGGGUAGGAUUUGGGGUGUUUGGGGAAUAUGAAAUGAAAUUCAAAUGAUCCUGUUUUAUGUUAAAAAAAUAAGAAAAUGGCUUAUAGUUGAUUUUGUUGUGGAAUCAAACUUUUCAUGAGUUGUUCCCUGCAACUUAUUUAACUUA